AUGGUGGCCAUCGCCACGGAGUGCCGCGACCCCGCGCACGCCGGUGUCCACCGGCGCGGCUUCCCCAGCGCUGCCUCCUCCCUCCGGCAUCAAACUGUACCAUUUGUAGAUCUUUUUGCAGCACCUGCACAGGUUGUUCCAGUUCCAGCAACCAGUUCCAUGCAGCCAGCAAGUUCACUUGGUACUCCACAGAGUACACAGCCUGAACCACAGGCUAUAUCCAUUGACUCUGGAACUUCAUCGAUCACCAACAGCACGCUCGCAGGAAACUGUUUGGAAAAGACACUAUCGCUGAAAGGAAACCACAGAGGAUCAAAAUUGGAAUGCAGAAGGAAGGAUGUGAUCUAG